UUUUACUCGACUAUAAUAGUCCAUGUUAUCAUUGAAUAAAUAUGAUAUUAUAUGAUACACAAUACAGGAACUAAUGCUUAUCAGUGUUCAUCACGGUAUAAAUGAACGGCUCAUUGAAACAGUAACAUAGACGAUACUAUAUAAUAUUUAAAACAUGUCUUUUAUUGAUCUCAAUCAAAUUCAGAUUUAUGAGGAUCAGGUCAAAGAUUAUGACAUAUUAAAAAAUAUCAUUACUACUCAUGAUCAAGAAGAUGCAUUUUAUAUAUUAGAUCUUGGUAUUAUAAUUAAAAAGCAUCAAGAUUGGAUUAAAAAAAUGCCAAGAGUUGUACCCUACUAUGCUAUCAAAUGUAAUCCUGAUCCAAUGGUAAUUAAAGUUUUGGCAGCUAUGAAUGCCAAUUUUGAUUGUGCAUCAAAGCAAGAAAUUCAAGAAGUUAUGGAACUUGGUAUAUCACCAGAUAGAAUAAUCUUUGCAAAUCCAACAAAGUGUCCGUCUCAUAUAAAGUUUGCUAAAAGUUUAGGGAUUAAUAAAAUGACGGUAGAUAGUCAAUUAGAACUUAAUAAAAUUAAAAAAUUAUAUCCCGAUGCAAAAAUAAUUAUACGCUUUCGAUAUGACAAUUCUAAUCUUGAUAAAAGUACCAAACUUGGUAUUAAAUUUGGAUGUGAUCCAGAUGUCGAGGCAAAUCAAUUAAUACAAUUUACAAAGGAUUUAGAUUUAACUUUAUAUGGAUUUAGCUUUCACGCUGGUAGUCCAUGUUAUCAAAUCAGUGCAUACAUAUGUGGAAUUGAAAUAUGUAAACAAUUGAUUACUUUUGCUAAAUCAAUAGGAUGUAAUGAUAUCAAGUUAAUUGAUAUCGGUGGUGGUUUUCCUGGAGAAAGUGGAUAUCAAAUUGAUGAGCUUUCACAUAUGAUUAAUGAUGCAAUCAAAGAAAUAGAUCCUACAAUAGAAAUCAUAAGUGAACCAGGUAGAUAUUAUGUAACAUCUGCAUUUACUUUGGCUGGUUAUUUACAUUCUAAAAGAACAAUAAACGAAGGAAAUAAUCUGAAACAUAUGUAUUAUGUUAACUGUGGUGUCUAUAAUGGUUUUAUAGAAGAAUUGUUGAACUUGAAAUCACGUCAUCCAAUCUCAUUAUUCAAUCCUGUAUCCGAUAAAAAAUAUCCUUCUAUUUUAUGGGGACCAACUUGUGAUUCCUAUGAUUGUAUCGUUAAAGAUACAUUACUGCCAGAAUUUCAAAUAGGAGAUUGGCUUGUAUGGAACGACAUGGGUGCAUACACAACAUCACUAGCUUGUAAAUUUAAUGGUUUUAUGCCACCGAUAGUUCAUCCAUUUAUUAGAAAAAGUCAAUGGGAAGAUUUUUGUGCCGUUGUCAAAUGUGACGAAAAUAAUUGAUUGUAUAAAUUAAAAUAGAUAAUUUGUAUUAUUAUAAAAAAUAUAUUUAAAAAAUAAUCAAAUAAUAUAUCGUAUAUUCACGA